CAUGGCGACGAUCCAAACUCGAUCGAAUUCUCGACAACGAUGUUUUACGCGGUCAUGAAAAUCGGAGGACGGAAUAUUAGAAUGUGACAGAUAGUAAAAAAAUCGGAUGAAUUAAUCUCUAUAGGAAUGAGGAGCGAUCUUUUUAAUUAUACGUUAAAUAUGGCGGAGGACGGGACCGGCGGCCCUGGCAGUAGCAGCGGCAGUGGAGAAGCAAGUAGACUGCAGUUGCUGCAAGAAAUGAGGCAACAAAAUUUUGACAGCAUUCGAUUCGCGUCUUAUCGAACAGCCUGCAAGUUGAGAUUCAUUCAGAAAAAAGUUCAUUUACACAAUGUCGACAUUUGGAACGUGAUCGAAGCGUUUAGGGAGAAUGGAUUAAAUAUGCUGGAACCGUCAAGUACUUUAGGUGUCUCUAGACUGGAGACCCUGUUGUCUUCCUUGUUCCAUGCACUGAACAAGAGAGUUCCAGUCUCGCAACAAGCUAAAGUUGACGCCACUACUGCACUUCUUAUGAACUGGCUCUUGGCGGCUUAUACCAGUGGGGAGAACAAUAAAAUUACUGUCUUUUCCGUGAAGGUGGCGCUUGCCACUUUGUGCGCUGGUAAACUUAUGGACAAAUUUCGAUAUAUAUAUUCGCAAAUUUCGGACAGUAACGGGCAUAUGAUUCAUUGGAGGUUUGCAGAAUAUUUGAAGGAAGUACUCGCACUAACUGCUGCCGUUUACGAAACCCCAUCGUUUGGGUACUCCGAAGGCCUUGCUAAUUCGAUAUUUUCACCGAAUUCAAAAGUCACGGUAAACGACUUUUUGGAUACUCUCAUGUCAGAUCCUGGACCUCAUUGCUUAAUUUGGCUUCCGUUGUACCACAGAAUGUCUGCUGUCGAGUCAGUGGUACAUCCAAUCAUGUGUGACGCCUGUCACAAAGAGAACUUUACCGGUUUUCGUUAUCGCUGUCAAAAAUGCCACUCGUAUCAACUUUGUCAAGACUGCUUUUGGCGUGGAAAAGUAUCCGGCACGCAUAACAACGAUCACGAAACAAGGGAAUACAGUAGUUUUAAGUCACCGAGUAAGCAGAUCGGACAUUCGUUGCGUAAAAGCUUCAGGUGUGUCCCGGAGAAAGGGAAGAACAAUCUACCAAGGUUUCCGGAACAGCCGGAAAAAACGUUAGAUCUAUCGCAUAUCGUUCCACCAUCCCCUUUGCCAUCUCAUAAUGGUUUUCCGGAUCCAGGGUUCAUGGCUCCUUUCGAUUCUGGAUCGAUGGACAGUCGUUCUACAUUGAGAAGUAUGGAUAGUUCGAGACUAGACGACGAGCACAAGCUAAUCGCCAGAUAUGCUCAAAGACUGGCUCAGGAAGCAAGAACAAUGCCUCGCGCUUCAUCCAGAAUGUCCCAGGCUGACCAAGCGGGAAGAGCACCGUCGGACGCAAAUUUGGCAUCGCUGGACGCAUCGAGGGCUCAACGGGAAUUAAUAUCGCAGCUUGAGGCAAAGAAUAAAGAGAUAAUGCGCGAGAUUGCAAGGUUAAGACGGCAGCAAGAAAUCGAGGCAGCCGGUUUAGAGAAUCCCGCACUUAUGUCAGAAUUACGAGCAUUGAGACAAAGAAAGGACGAGCUCGAGACACACCUUGCGACUUUGCAAGACUCGCGAAGGCAGCUAAUGGUGCAACUGGAAGGUCUUAUGAAGAUGUUAAAGAACCAUCAGGCGUCGCCACGUUCCACGCCAAACAGUUCACCGCGGAGUACAAAGUCACCACCUUUGCCACCAGGAGCUGUUCCCAGCAGUAGAUCAGCACCGCCGACGCCUGGUGGACCAUUGACGACAACACCACAACAGCAACAACAAAAUCAGCAGCAAAUGUCGCAGAGCUAUCAGAGUCCUGUGCCACCCACAUCAGUGGCCAAUAUGUCCAGCAACGCGAUGCUUGGAACGAUACAAAAUCCAAUUCCUGACAGUCUCUCGUGCGUCGGCGGUGACGUAAGGUCUGCGUUCAGGACAAACAGCUUGCCAGGAAGCGGUUCCAGCAGUGCCAACAAUAGCUUGGGACGUUCCUUGAGAAACGACCUUUUGGUAGCUGCGGACAGUGUUACGAAUGCCAUGUCAACGCUCGUCAGGGAAUUAAAUUCAGACUCAGACCAGGAGGAUCAAUCUCACGCCUCGAGCCGCCAUAACAUCAGAAAACCUUUAGACUUCGAGGCCGGUGAGGAUGGCGAUGACAGUAGCGGCGGUGGAAACUCCUGGCGAGAAGAACUUCAGCGUCGUUAUCAGCAAGAAAAUGAUUUCCUGGCAGAAUUACGCGCACGAAACGCGAGCGCUUCGCAAACGCCAUCUGCAACGCCGUCGAGCGAGCAGGAACAAGAACGUGGAGAGAGAGAAGAAGCAGAAGGAGAGAAAGAGGAUGAAAGCGAAGCGAAUUGGGCAGAAGCAGUAAAGAGAUGGGUGAAUCGAUAGACUCUUCUGUUUGCCCAUUGUAUAUUCGAUAACGACUCUCUUAAUGCAUUGAGAAGACUGUUAUGCUGAGAUCGUGGAUAUAUGAAAAUUCGUGCGAAUCUAUGUAUUUGGUUAAAGAACUUUGGAUUAGGUAUAAUGUAUGACGUUCGUUACUACGUACUUACAGAGACUAUUGUAAUGCAACAUAAGGAGGUCAGAAAUUAAUCUUGGCUAAGUCUGUACGUAGUAUUCUUGUAUAGAGUUCAGUAUGAAAUUGGCGUGAAAAGUAAGUUGGGAUUGCUACUUAACUUUCAGCAGAUUAUCAAUCUAUGAUAUGUUAUACUUAUUAGGAACUACCGAAUUGAAGGAAAGAGUUUACAGGUUUCUAUGAGAAUUUUGACCAAAUUUAUCAUAUUGUGGUAAUUUAAGUCUAACAGGAAGUCUUUUUUAACUUCAUAAUACAUUGCAAAUCUAAAGAUAAAUUAGUAUUUCGGAGCUCUUCUUUUUGUAUAACUGCACACUUUUGAGCAUAGAAUAAUAAUUUGAUACUGAUGAUUCAUGUAAGAUUAUUUAUUAUUUAUAUGAGAUUUUAUGGUUUAGUACAUUAAUACUGCCUUAGUGCAAUUAGAAUAUUGUCUGCAACAAUCGAUGCAAUUUAUCUGUAAUAUUUAUUAAUUCAUCACUUUUUUUUAGAGAUAUCUAUCUAUCUUAGAGCCAACAGUUAUAAGUCCACAUAGAGUAUACCAAUUUGUUCUCUUCGCCUCUUAGCAUUUUUAAAAUUUCAGUUGAUAAAUUAUAAGUUCCUUAGAUCCGAAUAAUUUUAACUGCUUAGUUCGAUAUGUAGAUAAAAAUAUCAGACCAUGCAUAAACUGCAAUUCGUUCUAAUCAAGCUGACAUUAACUUUUGCAUUUCUGUACAUCGAAUAAGGCAUUGGAUGUACGACCGUAUGGCUUUAAGAUAUUCUAGGAAAAUAGUAAAACAAUAUAUUGUAUAUAAAUCUUAUGUGAUGGACUGCUAUAUCUUUAAGGAUGAAA